GACCGACCCGGGGCUGUCCACCCGACGACUGCCCCAGACUCCGGCAACGGGGCCCCCGAUGGCAGUGGGCACCUCCCCGUGAAACCUGCCAAGCUGGACGCCACAGCUCCGAACGACGACACUUUGGCCAACUCUGUGCCCCCUUUGGAGGCGUGCAACCAUGCAGUCCUAGCCUGCAGCCCGGGCAUCCCUGAGGAGCACUAUGUAAGCGAGGCUGUGGAAGAUGCUCCCAGCUGCAAAGGGUACCGGGAUGCCUGCACCAUCACCGACGUGUGCAACAGCACCGAUCUUCCGGAAGUCGAGAUCAUUAGCCUGCUGGAGGAGCAGCUGCCCCAUUAUAAGUUAAGAGCCGACACCAUCUACGGUUAUGACCACGACGACUGGCUCCAUACACCCCUCAUUUCUCCAGAUGCCAACAUUGACCUUACAACCGAGCAAAUUGAAGAGACGCUGAAGUACUUCCUUUUAUGUGCUGAAAGAGUUGGCCAGAUGACUAAGACAUAUAAUGACAUAGAUGCUGUCACUCGGCUUCUUGAGGAGAAAGAGCGGGAUUUAGAACUGGCUGCUCGGAUUGGCCAGUCGUUGUUGAAGAAGAACAAGACCCUAACUGAGAGGAACGAGCUGCUGGAGGAGCAAGUGGAACACAUCAGGGAGGAGGUAUCUCAGCUCCGGCACGAGCUGUCCAUGAAGGAUGAGCUGCUCCAGUUCUAUACCAGCGCCGCAGAGGAGAGCGAGCCUGAGUCCGUGUGCUCCACCCCACUGAAGAGGAAUGAGUCAUCGUCCUCAGUGCAGAAUUACUUUCAUCUGGAUUCUCUUCAGAAGAAGCUCAAGGACCUUGAAGAGGAGAACGUGGUACUCCGGUCGGAGGCCUGCCAGCUGAAGACGGAGACCAUUACCUACGAAGAGAAGGAACAGCAGCUGGUCAACGACUGCGUGAAGGAGCUGAGGGAUGCCAAUGUGCAGAUUGCCAGUAUCUCAGAGGAGCUGGCUAAGAAGACCGAAGAUGCUGCCCGCCAGCAAGAGGAGAUCACACACCUGCUGUCGCAGAUAGUUGACUUGCAGAAGAAGGCAAAAGCUUGCGCGGUGGAAAAUGAAGAGCUGGUCCAGCACCUGGGGGCUGCUAAGGAUGCCCAGCGGCAGCUCACGGCCGAGCUGCGUGAGCUGGAGGACAAGUAUGCAGAGUGCAUGGAGAUGCUUCACGAGGCGCAGGAGGAGCUCAAGAACCUCCGCAACAAGACCAUGCCCAAUACCACAUCCCGGCGCUACCACUCGCUGGGCCUGUUCCCCAUGGACUCCUUGGCAGCAGAGAUUGAGGGAACGAUGCGCAAAGAACUGCAGCUGGAAGAGCCUGAGUCUCCAGAUAUCACUCACCAAAAGCGAGUCUUUGAGACUGUGAGAAACAUCAACCAAGUCGUCAAGCAGAGGUCUCUGACCCCGUCCCCCAUGAACAUCCCUGGCUCCAACCAGUCCUCAGCCAUGAACUCCCUCCUGUCCAGCUGCGUCAGCACCCCCCGGUCCAGCUUCUAUGGCAGUGACGUUGGCAACAUCGUCCUGGACAACAAAACCAACAGCAUCAUCCUGGAAGCAGAGGCAGCUGACCUGGGGAGCGACGAGCGGAGCAAGAAGCCGGGCACGCCGGGCACCCCGGGCUCCCAUGACCUGGAGACGGCCCUGCGGCGGCUGUCCCUCCGCCGGGAGAACUACCUCUCGGAGCGCAGGUUCUUCGAGGAGGAGCAGGAGCGGAAGCUCAGGGAGCUGGCGGAGAAGGGCGAGCUGCUCAGCGGCUCGCUCACACCCACGGAGAGCAUCAUGUCCCUCGGCACCCACUCGCGCUUCUCUGAGUUCACCGGCUUCUCGGGCAUGUCCUUCAGCAGCCGCUCCUACCUGCCUGAGAAACUCCAGAUCGUGAAGCCUCUGGAAGGCUCCGCCACCCUUCACCACUGGCAGCAGCUGGCUCAGCCCCACCUCGGGGGCAUCCUGGACCCCCGGCCCGGUGUGGUCACCAAAGGCUUCCGGACCCUGGACGUUGACCUGGACGAAGUGUACUGCCUUAACGACUUUGAAGAAGACGACACAGGUGACCACAUUUCCCUCCCGGGCCUAGCUACCUCCACGCCAGUUCAGCACCCAGAGACCUCAGGUGAGGGGUCCCGAGCACGCGUGACUGUCUCAGGCAGCAGAAGUUACCCACGCCGGCCUCAGGCUUUCCCCGAGGAGAUGCAAGAGCCGCCAGCGGCCGAAAAGGAGGAGGAGGAGGAGGAGGAGGGGUCUGCACACCACCCUGGGAAGUGCAUGUCACAGACCAACUCCACCUUCACCUUCACCACAUGCCGCAUCCUGCAUCCUUCAGAUGAGCUCACGCGGGUCACGCCAAGCCUUAACUCGGCUCCAACUCCAGCUUGUGGCAGCGCCAGCCACUUGAAGUCCACGCCGGUGGCCACCCCGUGCACUCCGCGCAGACUGAGCCUGGCCGAGUCCUUCACCAACAUCCGGGAGUCCACGACCACCAUGAGCACGUCUCUGGGGCUGGUGUGGCUGCUGAAGGAGCGGGGCAUCUCUGCGGCCGUGUACGAUCCUCAGAGCUGGGACAGGGCCGCCCGGGGCUCCCUCCUGCACUCCUACACUCCGAGGAUGGCCGUGAUCCCCUCCACCCCCCCCAACUCACCUAUGCAGACACCCACGUCCUCCCCGCCCUCCUUUGAGUUCAAGUGCACGAGCCCUCCCUAUGACAACUUCCUGGCCUCCAAGCCGGCCAGCUCCAUCCUGAGGGAGGUGAGGGAGAAGAAGAAUGUCCGGAGCAGUGAGAGCCAGACAGACGUGUCUGUCUCCAACCUCAACCUCGUGGACAAAGUCAGGAGGUUUGGCGUGGCCAAAGUGGUGAACUCAGGGCGAGCCCACGUCCCCACCUUGACUGAGGAUCAGGGACCACUCCUCUGCGGGCCCCCGGGCCCGGCCCAGGCCCUCGUCCCCGGAGGCCUGGUCCCUGAGAGCCUGCCUCUCGGAUGCCCCACUGUCACCAGCGCCAUCGGCGGGCUGCAGCUCAACAGUGGCAUCCGGAGGAACCGCAGCUUCCCCACCAUGGUGGGGUCCAGCAUGCAGAUGAAGGCCCCCGUGACUCUCACCUCGGGCAUCUUGAUGGGUGCUAAGCUCCCCAAACAAACUAGCUUACGGUGAGGAUGGGAGGGGGGCCGUUCCCCUGGAGGAGACCCGUCUUACUCCUGCCCCCCCCUUCCCCCUGCACUGCGCGCUCUCCCUCUUUCCUCCUCUGUCCCUCCCCUCUUGAGCUAGACAAAUCAACCUCGUGCCUAAUGGGGGAAGAGCGGAGACUUUGUAAGUGUGUACAUAGGACUCGGAGACCUCGUGUCCACCUGCCCUCUCCCGAUCCCACGGGAGGCGCCCCAGCACGGUCACCACUGUCACCAGGACUUCGCCUGUGCUAGCCUGGGGGCAGGGGCAGCCGGGGAGGUCCUUUUCUCCUUCUUUCCUUUGAGAAGCACUGAAACUCCCAAGUGCGUUCUUAUCCCAUGGAUAGGAAACCAGUGAAUUUGUGGCUGGCUCCCAGUGCUGUGCAUCGUGAGCUGGCACGCGGCCCGGGGCACAGCGCCUCUGCCAGCCGGCGUCGCUGGGCACUUCACCUCGCCCGCCGGUCAGAGCACCGGGGGCCCCCCUCCGCGGCCACACGCAGCUGAUGUAGCUUUCAGGAGGCCAGGGCCGCUCUUCCUUCUGGGUGGCCCAGCUUCCUCAAGACCUUCCACCACUCUUGCUUCAAUGGAGAGUCGCUGCUUUUUUGAGGUGUGACUUUUUUCUUUCCAUGCCUUCGACCCAAAUCAUCCUUCGAUGUUCUGUCGUCAGGCCAAACGUCUGACCUGAAAGAAUGUAUUCACGCUCCCGCUGCGCCGUGCAGCCAUCCCCGUCUGUUGCGUGUGAGGUCCUCUUUUUUUCCUUUUUUUUUUUUUUUUUUUUAUACGCAGGGAAGUAAUGGUACUAGACGGAAAGUCACAGUCUGUGUUCUCUCUGUGAUUCCAGGACACUGAAAUGAGUUUCAAACAUGCCCAGUCACUAAUGAGAUUGCAGCAGAGUUUUGGGGCCUGGGGUCACAACCGAAUUAAAACCAGACCCCAGACAGUUUUAGCAAUAGGAUUAAAAGGAAAGGGGCUGGGGGCGAAGGGUGUGGGUGGGAUUUGUCAAUGGUAGAAGGAAAAAGAACCACCACCAAAUGUAAUAGCCACCUGGUUCACGGGAGCAACAAGGCUUUGGCAUUCUGCUGGUUCCAGUUCUUACUGUGAUGUCUGAGGCUGGCCCCUGUGCUCCCACCCAUGUGGUCUUCAUGCAGACAGUCACUGUCCCCACAUCCAGCCCUCCUGUUUCAGGACAGAGUGGUCUCAACAAGAUCUUUUCUCCAGCCACCCCACCCCCAAGCCUUGGUCUCUGUGUACCACUGUUUAUCCCUAGGAAAAGAUAGAGGUGCUUGUGGGAAGAACCAUAAAAGAACAAGGGAGCCCAGUCCUGUUGCUGUCACUGACCAAGUUUUGGACUUUUAUUUAUUUUGUGUGUGUGUGUGUAUGUGUGUGUGUGCAAGUGCGUGCACGCCAUCUUUUCCACAAACAUCCGCUGUCCUUUCCAGUUCUGGUCACAGUGUGUCUGUGGCAUGCCACUCCAAGCAGGUAACUUAUUUAUUCUAACCUGAGGGCUGCACUGCCCGUCACAGUGUUCCAUGGUCCUUUGUACAGGCAUCUGUGGAAGGGUGACAUCAUAUGCAGAUGAAAUUGCCACGUUGCCAUCCCGUUCCCCUCCCCUGCCCCAACCCCUGUGUCCAGUUGAGUGUAAACACCCCCACUGAAGGGUCUUUGAGAAAGUCUCAAAGGAGCAAGCUUCAGUCCCACAAUUUUAUUUAUUCUCAACACGAGGGUGUUUCAGCUCUCCUCGUGGUUGUAUGUGUGCACUCACUGCAAGGAAAUUCUUUUUAUUUGAAUGUAUUUUAAAGCAGUAGGUAGAGUAACAAAGGAAUAUAAAACCACAAACUGAACGGACCACUUUAUGUAUUCAGAGAGGAGCCACCCAUCACCACAAAGGAAAUACCAGUGUAAAAAUCAGCAAUUCGGAGGUUGCAGUAUUUAGUAUAGUUAAUGAUCAACCUUGUGCAACCACUACCAACAAAGUGUGUUGUAAUGCAUCAAAAAACAAUAAAAUUUUAUUCUCUAAUGGUUAUCAAUAAAAGAAGUUCAAACGAUGGAAACCACA